GAUUAACUGACUCUCUGCCGAAAGCAGUAGAGAGGUCUCAUCAGCUAGCUACACACCAUAGGCCACAGACACGCACCCAUCCAUCCAUCCAUCAGUACCUAUAUUUCUCUAUCGAGCUGCCUCCUUCCCUCUCCUGGUCUGCUGGCGGCCCCCGCCACUGCUCAGCACAUUGGUGAAGCGGCGUGACACCACCAGCACCAGCACCGUGAGCAGCAGCUCCACUACUGGGAAGUUCUCGAAUAUGUUGAUGGGGCAGGGCGUCAGCUCCGACGGGUCGGUGUUGACGUUGAUGCCGUCAGCUAUCGUGGGCUUGGUGAGCUGCGGCCACCCCUGGCCCUCCCGCAGCUCCUCUAAGUCCUCCUUCCUGACCUCAUGCAAGUAAAUGGCGGGGUUGGUCCGGUUCCACCACUCGUGGGUCCGCCAACGGUCCUGAAAGAAAGACAUGCACACACCAAUUCGACAGCGGCGUGUGUGUGUGUGUGUGUAUCUGUGUGUGUGUAUCUGUGUGUGUGUGUGUGUGUGUGUGAAUUGGCUGACCGUGAACUCAUAGUUCCACUUGAGAAUGCGGAGGGCCGCGGGCAGUCUCUCUGUGUGCUCGAUCACGCCCACUUUCCCCUCAGACGCUUUGGGCCCACCCAGCAGCCCUACAAGCUGCUUCCACAGUCCCAUGACGAGCGGCAGCAUGUGCUGCUGGUGCGUGUUGGCGGGGUGCUCUUUGGGCAGGAAAGGGUUGCUCUUCAGAAGGCGCGAGGCGUGUGGGUCGUUGUGCAGCAGCUUGUAGACCAAAUGGACCAGCCAGCCAUUCUCCUGGUAGCGGCCCAGCGAAGCGAACCACAUCUGCCAGUCGAGUCGCGGCUGGUGCGGCUGGGCGAUUGCCGGCCGGGUGUCCUCCCUCCCCGGCUUAUAAGCAAACUCAUACUCCAACCAUUGCUGACACAGAGAGAGAGAGAGGGACAUUAUUGUGGACGGAUGGAUGGAUGUGUGUGUGAGUCUGACUGACUGACUGACCCGCCGCUCUGGAUCGUAUCCUUCGAUGGUGAGCUCUGGCCGCCCGCCCACACCCGUCAUCCUGCGGAACAGACCGUAGCUCGCAGUCAGCUGGAACGGAGCUGAAAACAACACAACCACACAUACAUACAGACAGACUCUGACCAUCUCACUCACGAAUGAGGUGCAAAUGCUGUCUGUGCGCACCAGUGCGUCUGUGCAGCCCGGUGGUGAGGAGCUCUGGUGGGUGGAGGAAGUAGAGGGCGGGUUUGCUCAGGUCGCGGCCCCGUCGCUGCGUGCCGUGGACCGACGGGACCUCCAUCUCCAGCCCCUGGUAGAAGGGCAUCAUGCUGCACACACACACACACACACAACCGGCCGCACACACACCAUCGCGGGAGGGAGCUGUGGCAUCAAUCAGUUGUGACUGACCUGUUCAGGAAGAGUGCGAUUGCAGCCGUGCACACGAACAGGGCCCACGAGACGGUCCCAACCGACGCCCAUCUGCUAAUGCGCCGCCUGCAUUCGGGAUGGCACAACGACACACAGACUGUGCGGUUGGUUGGCGUCUGUCAAGAUAGCAAUCUCUCUGGCCUACUGAGCUAGUUCCUCUCUCUGAUGGACAGUAAGCCAUAUGAGGCCCACGGCGCCACCCACAAUCAUCACCCACACUGACCACACACACACACACACACACAGAGGGCAGCAAUGCCAGACACAAUGGAGCCCUGUUUGUUUGAGUCUUUCCUUCUCACGUUGGGUGAGUGUGAGCGUCGGCACCACCAGAACCACAAACCGUCUCAGGUCAUCGAUAUUGAAUCUCAGCCGCCCCUGAGCGACAUGGUCCAGCGGGAAGAGCACCAGGAACCCGCCCAUCACAGCCAGCGCCACCAACACAUACGUGCCGACCUCAAGCACCUCCGGUCGCCGCCAGAACGGCUUGAUGGGCCAGGUCUCGUUGUCAUCAUUCUCAUGUGCCUCGUCCGCUCGUGUGGUGGCCGUCCGGCUGUCGCCAUUCAUCGCCGCUGCCUUCUUGCCUCUCUUGGAUGAGGGUGGUUUGUGAGGCGACGUGGUGGCGGGGGUCGAGGGGCUUGGUGAGGGUGGUGAGGUGAUCGGGCAGCCCCAGAGGGAGAGAAGCUCCUUCGGCACGACACACGACAGGAUGGCCUUGUCGUCGAGGCAAUUCAGGCACCUGACACGAGAAUGCAUUCAAUGGCUGCAGGACUGUGCGGGGUGUGGUGUUGUGUGUGUGCUCAUUUCGUACAUGACACAUGCGAGAAGGUUGAAGAAGUUGUAGGAGCCUGUGGCCGCAAUCAGCACCAUCAGCGCCACUUGGAAGAAGACCGCCACGUGCCGCGCGACGCGCCACGGUGAAAAGAGGAGGAUCGACACGCAGAUCUGGAUGUAGAAUGUGCCCGCCACGCCCAUCUUCAGGAAGAAUCCCGGCAGCUUGUGGGCGAACCAAGAGGUGGGCAUGGGGAGGCACUGGGACUGGAAGUGCCACUGCAGCGCCGUCAGCGACCACCACGUCGGACACCCACUGACACACACGUAACACACACGUCAAGGCUCCAUCCAUCCAUUCUCGUCUCGUGUGUGUCUGUCCACCUGUAGAGUUUGGUGAUGCCCGAGGCGAACAUGAGCCGAAACAGCAGCCACCUCACCAGCCACCGGACCACUCGGUGAUGCACCGGCUCCCUCAGCGACGUGUCUGUCCGACCGUAGUCGGUGCCGCCCGGGCUGAUGAUCAAUUUCUUGAGAAGCCCCAAGGGACAGUCGCCAUAGAGGAUGGCUAUCGCGCCUGAGGGGAGCAAAGAAGAGGUCUUUCUUGAGUGAGAUGGAUGGAUGAGUGAUCCUGACGUACGUAGCUCACGCACGCACCGGUCUCUAUCAGGAGUAUGUCCCACUGGAAGUGCAUGAAUGUCUGGCCCACCGACAGCAUCGACAGGUACCCCGCAUACAGCACAAACAGCACCGCGCUGUUGGACGUCACGUUGAGAGCUACACACAGGGAGAGCAGGACGCCCAUCAGGCACACCACCGACAUCAGGAAGGCCCCUUGGUCCACAGACGAGGGGAGCAAGUCGAGCACUGGGGCGAUGACAGGGAAGAUGGAUGGCCGCGUGGCGAAGGACGCCAGGCUGCUGUGGAUCUUGAUGUGCCGCUCUGCUGGCAAGAGGCCAUUGCAGGAGUAGAGGCCUGCUUGCGGCGAACCAAACACACAAGGAGCGAUGAUAUCUUUCAGCGCGUCUUUGCUGUUGUGUGUUCCGUACAUACCAUCAAUCUGCACGAACAGGGAUAUGUAUGCGAUGAGGUAGCAGAUGCCGACGCCCCGGAUGAACAGGAAACGGGAGAUCCGCCACAAAUUCUGGUGCUCUGCCGCAAUUGACCCUGCCAUCGUCAGGGCUGGCGCCUGUCGGCUCUCAUCAUCUAUAUAUACUUCACAAGGGC